AUGUUGGAGCAAUUACUCAUAUUUACAAGAGGAGGUCUAAUCCUCUGGACAUGCAACGAGCUUAGUAAAGCUCUUAGGGGCUCGCCGAUCGAUACUUUGAUUAGGUCAUGCCUUUUGGAGGAAAGAUCGGGUGCAGCCUCGUAUAACUACGAUGCGCCAGGAGCUUCGUACACUCUCAAGUGGACGUUCCACAAUGACCUUGGGCUCGUAUUUGUUGCUGUGUACCAAAGGAUUCUCCAUCUCUUGUAUGUGGAUGAUCUGCUUUCUAUGGUUAAGCAAGAGUUCUCGGAGAUUUACGAUCCAAAGCGAACUAGGUACGACGACUUCGAUGAUAUAUUUCAACAGCUGAAGAAGGAAACCGAGGCUCGUGCAGAGGAAAUGAAGAAAUCGAACCAGUUGGGCAAGCCCGUGAAUAACAACCUUGGUCGAAAGCAAGGACAGCUGCAGAACGGCACUGCAGAUGGAGGCAAUAAAAAAAAGAGUGGAGGUGAAUCUGGAAACGAUGGUGCAGAUGGCGACAAGUUAAAGGGUCGCCCUCUAGAAAAUGGAAAUCUUAAAAAUAGUCAUGUAGGAAAAGGGGAAGUGCCUGCGAUGGUUAAUGGUAAUGGAAAAGAAAACGGGGCUUCCAAUAACGGGGCUUUUGAUGUAAAUAAGCUACAGAAGCUGAGGUCGAAAGCUGGAAAGAAAACUGAAAGUGUUGCUAACAAGGUUCCCAAAGAAGAACCGAAGAAGAAGAUAACUAAAAAGAAUAGAGUUUGGGAUGAUUCACCGAAAGAGUCAAAGUUGGAUUUCACCGAUCCAGUGAGUGAGAAUGGGGAACAGAACAUAACAGUUGUGGCAGCAGAUCAAGGUGAGAGUAUGAUGGACAAAGAAGAGAUAGUGAGCAGUGAUAGUGAAAGUGAGGAAGAGGAAGAAGAGAACACUGGGAAGGCGAGUAAUGUUGAUACAAAGAAGAAAGGCUGGUUCUCCUCCAUGUUCAAGAGUAUUGCGGGGAAAGCAAAUCUGGAGAAGUCUGACCUAGAACCAGCUCUUAAAGCUCUCAAGGACAGGCUUAUGACCAAGAAUGUGGCUGAGGAAAUAGCUGAAAAACUUUGUGAAUCAGUAGCUGCAAGUCUUGAAGGAAAAAGGCUAGCCUCUUUUACUAGAGUUUCUUCAACAGUUCAGGCUGCUAUGGAAGAUGCCCUUGUUCGUAUUUUAACUCCUAAACGUUCCAUUGACAUUAUGAGGGAUGUUCAUGCUGCCAAAGAGCAAGGAAAACCAUAUGUUGUGGUUUUCGUUGGAGUUAAUGGAGUUGGGAAAUCUACCAAUCUUGCUAAGGUUGCGUACUGGCUUCAGCAGCAUAAUGUCAAUGUCAUGAUGGCUGCUUGUGACACAUUCAGAUCAGGUGCUGUGGAGCAGCUACGAACUCAUGCACGCAGACUGCAGAUUCCAAUUUUUGAGAAGGGUUACGAGAAAGAUCCAGCAAUAGUCGCAAAAGAAGCAAUUCAGGAGGCCAGUCGAAAUGGUUCAGAUGUUGUUCUCGUUGAUACAGCUGGAAGAAUGCAGGAUAACGAACCAUUGAUGCGAGCUCUGUCGAAGCUUGUCUAUGUGAACAGUCCAGAUCUGAUUUUGUUUGUCGGUGAGGCACUUGUGGGGAAUGAUGCUGUAGAUCAGUUAUCAAAAUUUAAUCAGAAAUUAGGAGAUCUUUCGCCCUCACCGGAUCCCAGAUUGAUUGACGGGAUUCUACUGACAAAGUUUGACACAAUCGAUGACAAGGUGGGAGCUGCAUUAUCAAUGGUUUACAUAUCGGGAGCACCUGUGAUGUUUGUCGGAUGUGGGCAGUCGUACACCGACUUGAAGAAGCUGAACGUCAAGUCCAUUGUCAAGACUCUCCUUAAAUGAGUCAAAAUGAGAUUGACUGCUCUAAUAAUCGAGACUUUUUAAGUUGAAUGAAUCUUCAUGUGUGUUUUUCGUUGACUGUUUAUCUGCAUGUGUGUUCCGUGGACUAGUACGUAAGUCUGUUUGUGGCUGUUUUGUGAACCUUUCCCAUCUGUGAUCUCACUACUUUGGUAAUAAAGGUGAAUUGUUUCGGUUGAUGCA